GAGACUUGGAAGUACUCGUACCCGUUGAAGACGGGCAUGCAGGUCCCCGCCUGGGCGGUGCCCUGCGUUGCCCUCUUCAGCCCUCUCCUGUGCAUCAUGGGGUUUCGGCUGGCGGGCCGCAUCAGCCGCGUGGAGGCGCACCAUGCCAGCCUGAUGGCAGUCUCCUGUGUGGCAACCACUGGGCUACUGACCAAUUGGAUCAAAAUUAAUGUUGGCCGCCCCCGCCCCCACUUUGUGCACCGCUGCUGGCCCAACGGCACCAAACCGGUGUACACGCCUGAUGGGCUGCCCAAGUGCGCAGACAAUGCCAUCAACGUCGCCGAGGGGUUGAAGAGCUUUCCAUCAGGCCACACCUCCUGGAGCACCUCUGGCUUGGGCUACCUCACGCUCUGGCUGCUGGGCAAGCUGAAUUGCUUUGACGGCCAGGCGCAGCCAACACGUCUUGUCGUCGCUUUCGUCCCGCUGCUAGGUGCUGUGUGGAUUGGAAUGAGCCGAGUGCAAGAUUACUGGCAUCAUGUUGAGGAUGUAGCGGCAGGCUUCUGCUUGGGCCUCUUGCUCGCAUACCUGCACAUCCGCCAGAUCUAUGCUGGCAGCAUGGGCCAGCAUGCCGGCAUGUUGACAGCGGCAGUGCGGGGGGCAGGCGGCAAGGGCGGCCUGACAGUGUCGCCCAGCAGGUUUUCGCUGCUCGGCAACGGUGAGACGGCCGAAGAGCAGCCACACUCGGGCGAAGAACGAGUCUGA